GUAUGGACGCUUGCAGGAGCUGUACCGCGGCAGGGAGUCGGACAUGCCCGAUGAGGUCAACAUUGAUGAGCUGUUGGAAUUGGAUAGUGAAGACGAGAGAAGCCGGAAAAUCCAGGGACUCUUGGAGUCCUGCACGAACCCCACGGAGGACUUCGUCCAGGAGCUGCUGGCCAAGCUUCGGGGCCUGCACAAGCAGCCGGGCUUCCCACACUCCAGUUGCUCAGAUGACCCCAGCCUGAGCCCCCGCCAGGACCGGGCCCACACCGCCCCACCCUGACCGCUGCCCAUCUCUGUAUUCCAGCCCCAGCGCCCAGAUUGUCUCUAAGUUGUAUUUAAUGGUUCUGUUAACUGCC